GUUUAUUUCAAUUAGAAACCAGAAGCUAUGAAGCAAAGUUCACCCUACAUAGUCAUCUCUCCCAAAUCCCCACCAGUAGCCAUGGAAUCCGAAUCAGACCCACCACAGAGAAACAAAAUCAAUCGCCAAUGGGAGGGAAUUCCCUCAUCUUCCUCUGCUCCUAAUCACGAAUCAGACCCUUCGUUGAUGCCAGAUUUUCCCGACGAACUCGCCGUUGAUAUCCUUUCAAGACUGCCAGUCAAAUCCUUGGGGAAAUUCAAGUGUGUUUCAAAACCAUGGCUCUCUUUGAUCUCAAGCCAAGGAUUCAUCAAGACCCAUCUCGCGAUUGCAUCCAGAAGGGAUGAUUACGAACACCAUCGUCUCCUCAUCAAGGUAUAUGAUGACCCAGUUCUUGGCUCCAACGUGGUGUAUUCUGUAAGUUCUCUAGUAUACUCACCCACCUUCGAAGCUAGUGCGUCUAUGAUGCUUGACAUUGGUUAUCGAGGCACACCUAAUAAGUCAUUUUGGGCCGUGGGUUCUUGCAAUGGACUGGUUUGUUUUCGAACUCUGCAUAAUAAGUUGUUUUUGUAUAACCCUUGUCUCAAAAUGUACAAGAGAUUGCCUAAUAGGGAUAGGGACAAGCUGCGUUCCCCGGGGAAUUUCGGAUUUGGUUACGAUGAGUUGAAUGAUGAUUAUAAAGUUGUUUGGGUAUUUCAGAUUUUCGAUAAACCUAGCUGGGAUAAUUUAUAUGAUGAUGGUCCUGUAACUUAUGAGAAUGGAAUGAAAGUGUAUAGUCUUAAGGAUGAUGCGUGGCACGCGAUUGAGGAUCUUAAAAUUGGGGGUUGCUUCCUUGACACGGGCGAAUUGAUGCAGUAUGCGAGUGGGAAGCUCCAUUGGUUUGUCGAUGGUGGUACUUAUGUUUGUAAAAUUGCUAGCUUUGAUUUGGCAAAUGAGACAUAUGAGGAAAUGGAACCCCCAUGUGACAUUGACGGUCUUUGUGAUUACACACUUGGAGAGUUAGGGGGCUGUCUUUCUAUGUUUUACCAUUAUGGAAGCAAUCACGCAGAGAUAUGGGUAAUGAAGGACUCCUGGGUCAAAAUUGUUUCGAUUCCUUAUGUUGAUCGUCCUAGUAAUCAUCGUUAUUCUUGCAGCUCUCGAGUAGUUUGUGCAUUGAGGAAUGGUGAAGUACUAUUUGUUUUAUGCUCACUCUUGUUACUUUACAACCCGAGUACUAAAACAUUCAGGAGGUAUCCGCAUAUAGCUCCUAUUGGAGGUGUGAUUAUGUAUGUUGAGAGCUUAGUUUCCCUAAAAUCCAUGGUAGGGAAUGAUUAGAUAGAGCUGGGAGCCUUUCUUCAGGAAUAAAAAUAGUAAUUCUUCUUACUGUAUUUUAAAACAUCAACUUUGAAUGGUUAUUUGACUUACUCUUCUUCUGCAACAUAGAUUUUGUUGCUCUUUUGAUCACAACUGAGAGUCCAGGUAGUUUGAAACUUUGGUUUUUAUCUUGGUUUUGAAUUUGCUGCUGUGAUGUUCUUGCUCUUUGGCUUGCUACUCAUUCUUUUUGUUACUUAUUCACUGGAAAUUGAUAUUAAAAAAAAAAAAGAACAAAAGAGGAACAUUAUUAGUUGGAUUCAUUAGCAGUGCUGAUUGAUGGCGAAGAAGCAUCACUUAAUUGAUUGUCACUUAUUCAUUGAGUGUCAUACAAAAUACUGAAGUGAUCGAUUAGGGCAUAAAACCUCUUCUCUUGCAUUCUGCCUAUUGUCCUGGAAAACCAUUUUACUUGGUUCUUGCUGUGUUCUUCUUUCUUAUUACUUUAAUGUCGUUCAUUUUGUUUGAAAUUCCCCUUAUCUACGAGGGAGGAGGAACCGGGAGAGGACAGAGCUUAUUUGUGGAGUAUAUGACACUAACCAGUUAUAUGGAAAUUGAAUACAUUAAACUUGAAGAUUAGAUUAUUAGGUUGUUUAACAUCUUUAGUGAUAAAGGUCAUUUCCCUGUUUUGCUUGUUGGUCAUGUUUAUAUUGGGAUGUUCUUUCUGUAACAGCUUGUCGCAGAGUAAAUGACAUGGUUAUGCAUUUCUUAGCAGAAACAUAUUAUCUCAUAUUUGUCAAGUUUGAUUGUCUCUCUUCAGGGUGUCGUACCUUUAGCUAAUGAUGAAGUUUCUUUUGCCCUUAAUAUUUGCAGUAGGCUGCAUUUACAGUCUCCUUA